GCACCCCCCGGGCUCUAUGCGGGACGAGGGUGGCCAUGGAGAAGUUGUACUUCGUGGGGAGCGGCGGGUGGACGGUCAACAGCUCUCUGGGGAACGGCAGCCUCCGCCUGGAGAACCAGACCUCCGGGAGGAACAGCACCACGGACCCCCUGAAGAGGAACGAGGACAUGGCCAAGGUGGAGGUGACAGUCCUCUGCCUCAUCCUGUUCCUCGCCCUGACCGGCAACCUCUGCGUGCUGCUGGCCAUCCACACCACCCGGCAGAAGCACUCCCGCAUGUACUUCUUCAUGAAGCACUUGAGCAUCGCUGACCUGGUCGUGGCCAUUUUCCAGGUGCUGCCCCAGCUCAUCUGGGACAUCACCUUCAGGUUUUAUGGACCAGAUUUCCUUUGCCGGUUGAUCAAGUACUUGCAGGUAGUGGGUAUGUUUGCUUCCACCUACAUGCUCUUGCUGAUGUCGCUGGACCGGUGCUUGGCUAUCUGUCAGCCACUGAGGUCUCUGCACAGGAGAGCGGACCGGGUCUCUGUCCUCCUCACCUGGCUGCUAUGCCUCCUGGUCAGCAUCCCUCAGAUCCACAUAUUUUCUCUGAGGGAUGUGGGGAACGGGGUUUACGACUGUUGGGCAGAUUUCAUUCAGCCCUGGGGACCUAAAGCCUAUGUCACCUGGAUAACCCUCAUGGUCUACAUCAUACCCGUGUUGAUGUUGAGCAUCUGCUAUGGCUUAAUCAGCUUCAAAAUCUGGCAGAACGUGAAGCUGAAGACGGCUCAUGGGCCCAACAUGGGGCUGAGCUCCAGCUCCCGCAGCGGGACGGCAUUUGCCAGGGUCAGCAGCACCAGGCUCAUCUCUAAAGCCAAGAUCCGGACAGUCAAAAUGACCUUCAUCAUAGUGUUGGCUUUCAUAGUGUGCUGGGCUCCCUUUUUCUUUGUGCAGAUGUGGUCUGUGUGGGACACGAAUGCUCCGCAAGAAGCCUCCCCCUUCAUCAUCGCCAUGCUCCUGGCCAGCCUCAACAGCUGCUGCAACCCCUGGAUCUACAUGCUGUACACGGGGCACCUCUUCCACGACCUGAUGCGGCGCUUUCUCUGCUGCUCUGCACACUACCUGAAGUCACGGCCGGCGUGUGACCUGAGCGUCGGCAAGAAGAGCAACUCCUCCUCCUUCGUCCUCAGCUGCAAGAGCACGAGCCAGAGGAGCUUCAUGCAGCCAUCCAUGAUGUGAGGGCAUCUCCAGCUGGGACUCCACUGCUCUGCCUCUGGCGCUUCCCUGUGAAAAGCUGGGAUUCGGACAAGCGAGGCAGGGUCUCUAUACAUAGGUGUAUAUAUGUCUGUGCGCCUGUAAGAAUGUACAGCGGUCCUUAUUUAACUGAGGUGGGAGUGGGGGAGGACUUCUGUAGUCCAAAUUUCAGUGCAGCCUGGGACUGGGCACCAGGAACCUGCUUCUCAGCCCCCAAACCGCUGCCAUCGGUGGCUUUUAGAUACCACUGGGAGGGACAGGUUUUUCCCUGAGCAAUGCCACACUGCUGAGGUGGGCAUGCUAUGUUCCUGUUGGAUGCAGGGGGCUGGAGCACAGGGUGAUAGGUGCCACCCUGGGCACACAGGCAUCAGGCACUGGCCCCGUCUCCACUCUCUGCAGGAAUUCUGGGGGAUGCUAGCACCUGGCACGCUUGCUUUGCUCGAAGAUGCCCCAUCCCUGCAUCUCUGUGCAGUGCAGCCCAGAGUCCUCCAGCCCAGGCUUACCGGUGGCACCACUGGCACAGGGCAGGGCAGUCCUGCUGCCACAGGCUGGGGGGACAGCGGGGACAAGGCUGGGGACAGCCCUCCCUGGGGGACAACACUAAUGUCCGGGCAUCCCUGCACUCCCCAGUGCUGCCCCGUGGGCGGUGCAAGGCUGCUUGCGGGUCAGCAGGAGCCAGGAGACUGGACAUGGCUGCAGGGCCAGGGUAUCUGUGCAAUAAUAUAUUUUCUGAGCAGGCUCAAAAGUUCCUCUGAAGGCAGGCAUGUGGGGUGACAGCGGGGCCCCGUGGGCUUUAACAGAGAAACCCCUGCUGUGUCCCCUGAGGACAAGCUUUUGCUUUGGGUUUACCACAGAUCGCAUUUAAUCUUUUACACCGAUACAGUCUUAUUGCUCUGUAACGCACAAGGUCAUGCUUAUGGCAUGGAUUUUUUAUUGUUAAGAAACAGCUGUAAAUAAAGUUUUCUGACCGUGUCUUGAUGGAAAGUGAGAGGGGAAGUGCAGAAGGAGCAUCACUAAGAAAAUGAAGGAAACCUAUGGGAAACAGUGCUCUAAACACAAGACCCAAGUAUGCUCAGCGUAACGAUGCUUUUGUUUGUUGAGUCCUGCACCAUGCACCAGGACCUGCACGCUGCUUUAUGCCAUGGCAUGAGGCUUGCCGUGAUGUGCCCGCCAGGGGUGGCACAGCCAGGGGGAUGUGCAGCUCUGUCUGAAGACAGUGGGAGCUUUUCCAGGAAUCUGGUGGCACUGGGAUCCGGCGGGGGCAGGUGCUGCUCCGGCCUUUGCUCCUGCUCCCACCCGGGUCUGUGGC